UACUCAUAUAUUUUAAAUAAAACAUUCAAAAUUCAAUUCUGUUUUUGGGAAUAAGCUAAACUUUUCUCUCUACAAAUCAAAUAUAAAAGGGUGUGUGACUUAACAAAAGAGAACGAAAGCCCUAGUUUUAGUCCCAUCUUUUGUAUCUUUCUUGUCUCAAAAGCGGAGAAGUGAACUCUUUGAGAGUUUUUUUCGUAUUGUUUAAAAAGACUAUAAGUAGCUUUGGCUUAUAUAAGUUCUUCUGAAAAAGACACACAGAAUAAAAUUGAAGAACCAAAAAAAAAAAGAAAAAAAAGAGAGAGAUGGAAAGUAAUGGUGGAGGAGGAGAAGUAAGAAGAGUGAAUUUAGUUUAUUUCCUUAGCCGUUCUGGUCACGUUGACCAUCCUCAUCUCUUGCGUGUUCAUCAUCUCUCUCGUAAUGGAGUCUUUCUUCGAGAUGUGAAGAGAUGGUUAGCGGACGCACGAGGCGAUGCGGUGCCUGACGCAUUCUCUUGGUCUUGUAAGAGGAGGUACAAGAAUGGAUAUGUAUGGCAAGAUUUAUUAGACGACGAUCUGAUUACCCCAAUCUCCGAUAAUGAAUAUGUCCUCAAAGGAUCUGAGAUUCUACUAAACUCUCCGAAGGAGGAGAACAAAGCUUGGGGCGUAAGAAAUAGUGUUGACGGCAGAGAAGACCCUGAAGGAAAACUCGAGGAGUCGAAAUUAACGUCAGAGAAGAUCCAUAAAGAGUCUCCGGUGUUCUGCUCUCAGAGAUCGACGGCGACAACGUCGACGGUCACCGAGGAAUCCACAACGAACGAAGAAGAUUCGCUUCUUAAGAAACCAGAUCGGAAAAAAGUAUCCGGCGAAAGAGACGGUUCUAAGGAAAACGGGUCGGGUAACGAUGUCGAGCCGGGUCGACCGAGUGUAUCGUCGUCAACGACGUCGUCUUCGAGUUACAUUAAGAGUAAGAGCUAUUCGAGCCUACGUGCCUCUCACGUGUUACGGAACUUGAUGAAGUGUGGUGGUUUGGAUACAAACGACGCCGUUUUAGAGCCUUUGAACAAAUCUGCGUCUGGGGCUUUUGGUCCGGCUUGGGACAACGAACGCAGAUACCAACAGCACAAUGCUCGAAAAAGCUUCGAGGAGUACUGGAGUGGCAUAAAGAUGAAGGAGACAAUAGAGUUUUGUAAACCAAAGGCUACUACAAGCAAGCCUUCUAUGGCUCCAUUAUGCGCGCAAUGUGGGAAGUUAUUUAAACCCGAGAAGAUGCAUUCGCACAUGAAACUAUGUAGUGGGGCGAAGAAUUCAUCAGCAUUGACCGGAAAUAAAACCGGUAAACCGAGGCAGCAACGGUGCAGAAACAUUAAUCCUGGAAACCCAUUGGGACAUCAACGUGUAGCGAGGACUACUCUCAAAGAUUCAUGAUGGUCAUAGCUAAUUCUCUAUGAAAUAGCAGCGGAAUAUUUGUUUGCUAGUUAAUUUCUUCUGUUUGAUAAACCGCAGAGACAUUGUUUGAAUAUCAUGAUGCUUGGUCAGAAAAUAAAUUGAAUAAUCUAUA